GCCUGCUGUUGCAGCGAACCAGCGCUACAUACCUGCACCGAGCACACAGGACCGCUCUCAGUCUGCCUGCCUCUUUACAAACCUGCGUACGUGUGUCUGGUUCAAGGUGUGAUCGGUAAAACUGCAGAUAUGCCCGUCAAAGUCUUUUAUUCCAGCGUGAGCGGUUCCCUCGAGCUUAAGAAACACCAGCAACUAAUAAUGUCUAUCCUGGACUCCAAGAGUAUCCCCUACGAUCUUGUGGAUAUUGCUCAGAAUUCUGAUGACAAGGAUUUAAUGAGGAAGAUAGCGGGGAACCCGACUGCCCUGCCCCCUCAAAUAUGCAACGGGGAUGUCUACUGUGGGGACUUUGCAGCAUUUGAGAAUGCUGUUGAGAUGGAGGACUUAGAGCAGUUUCUCAAACUCUGAAAGGAAAGGAGACCGGCUGUGGGACGACUCAUCACCUCAUGUUCACUGCAGUAUCUACACAUCUAUGAAAACGUGUCUGGAAAUACACACAAAGAGGUCGCAUGAUCAGCACAUGACCUGAGAUGUAACCAUGUUUGGCAAGCACACUUGUGACCAUGUGACUUUUACCUCUCAGGUCAGAUGCUGAUCGUUGUGUGUGAUCACUAUUAAUUAGUAGUUUACAGCCUGGAUAUCUUGGAAAAUGAAUGUUCAUGGACAUCUACACACCUAGUUUAGCAAGUAAACAGAAAAUUAAAUAAAAAA